AGUCAGCGGCACAAAAUGGCGGCGGCGGCGGCGGCGACCGGGGCUCCGGGGUCGGCGGUCCCCGCGGCGGCGGCCGGCGCCUCGGGCUCCGGGGUCGCCGCGCCCGGCUCGCAGGGAGUGCUGAUCGGGGACAAGCUGUACUCCGGGGUGCUCAUCACCUUGGAGAACUGUCUGCUGCCCGACGACAAGCUCCGCUUCACGCCGUCCAUGUCGAGCGGCCUCGACACCGACACGGAGACCGGCCUGCGUGUGGUGGGCUGCGAGCUCAUCCAGGCGGCCGGCAUCCUGCUCCGCCUGCCUCAGGUGGCCAUGGCUACCGGUCAGGUGUUGUUCCAGCGGUUCUUUUACACCAAGUCCUUCGUGAAACACUCCAUGGAGCACGUAUCCAUGGCCUGUGUACAUCUGGCUUCUAAAAUAGAAGAGGCUCCAAGACGAAUCAGGGAUGUCAUCAAUGUGUUUCAUCGCCUUCGACACCUGAGAGAGAAAAAGAAACCUGUGCCUCUACUGCUGGAUCAAGAGUAUGUUAACUUAAAGAACCAGAUCAUAAAAGCAGAGAGACGAGUCCUCAAGGAGCUCGGCUUCUGCGUCCAUGUGAAGCACCCUCACAAGAUAAUCGUUAUGUAUCUUCAGGUGUUAGAGUGUGAGCGUAAUCAGCACCUGGUCCAGACCGCAUGGAACUACAUGAACGACAGCCUCCGCACUGAUGUCUUUGUGCGGUUCCAGCCCGAGAGCAUUGCGUGUGCAUGCAUCUACCUCGCUGCCCGGACACUAGAGAUUCCUUUGCCCAACCGACCACAUUGGUUUCUCUUGUUUGGAGCAACUGAAGAAGAAAUUCAAGAAAUCUGCUUAAAAAUCCUGCAGCUUUAUACUAGGAAAAAGGUUGAUUUAACACACUUGGAAGGUGAAGUGGAAAAGAGAAGACAUGCCAUGGAAGAGGCAAAGGCACGAGCCAGGGGACUGUUACCUGGGGGUGCUCCGGUGCUGGACGGGACCUCCGGGCUUUCCCCUGCCCCCAGGCUGGUGGAAUCCCCCAAAGAAGGUAAAGGAAGCAAGUCUUCCCCACUCUCUGUGAAGAAUGCCAAGAGGAAAGUGGAGGGCACGAAGAAAGCCAAGGCCGACAGCCCUGUGAAUGGCUUGCCAAAAGGGCGGGAGAGUCGAAGUGGCAGCAGGAGCCGCGAGCAGAGCUACUCGAGGUCCCCUUCGCAGUCCGCUUCUCCUAAGAGGAGGUGUGUGCCUGGGACUCACCGGAAAAGCGACAGUGGCUCUACCUCUGGAGGGUCCAAGUCACAAAGCCGUUCUCGGAGCCGCAGCGACUCCCCACCAAGGCAGGCACACCGUGGUGCUCCCUAUAAAGGCUCUGAGGUGAGGGGCUCCCGGAAACCCAAGGACUGCAAGUACCCUGCCCAGAAGCCACACAGGUCUCGAAGCCGGAGCUCAUCCCGUUCUCGGAGCCGGUCACGGGAGCGGGUGGAUAAUUCUGGAAAAUACAAGAAGAAAAGUCAUUAUUACAGAGAUCAGCAGCGGGAGCGUUCGGGGUCAUACGAGCGCACAGGUCAUCGCUAUGAACGGGACCAGCCUGGGCACAGCAGGCACCGGAGGUGAGGUAGAGACCCUGGGGGGCCACCUUUGGACCCACCCCUUCUGGCAAACCGUAGCUCACGUGGCCCCUAGCACACUGCUUUUCCAGAAGUGCUUUUGACUGAACCUCAAGGUGGAUUUGGAAAUGCAAUUGAGGGGAUGACAGCAAGCGCCCUUUGGGCUGGCCUGCGGCGUGGUGCCCAUCCGUGCCAGUGGAAAGCCCACCACAGCUGUGGGUGGCUUGAUGGAAAGGCAAAGACUCACAUCCCUGUCGGUGUGGCUUGGUGCUAUUGACAAGCUGUGUCUUCACUCCCAUACUGAUACUCAAUUACGUUAAGCCAAGAGAGAUGAUUUUUAGAAUCUUUGCCUAUAUUAGGUUGUACUUGUGUACAUAUUUUGCACUGUUUCACAAUGAGAAAAUGGCCUUAAUAGCCCCUUAUUCUCUAUCCGUGUUGUAAAUAAACAUGAGUUUAAUACAAGUGAAAGCUAUGUAUGAAAACCCAGAACUUCUGAGAACUUGUGUAGAGAAUUCUGAUUUUUUUAAAUGUGAAGGAAUUUAGGUGUGUGUUGAAAGUCAUAUAUUUUUAUCUGUGCAAUGCUGAGUGCAGGACACCAGCUCCUGGAGAAGUCUCCUAUAUAUGCAUUUCACGUGUUUGAAUAAAUGUAAUUCUCUUCUCAGGA